AGUCGUUCGUCUGCUGUUAUCGAGUCAACUUGUUACUUUGUAUCUAACACUUUGAAUUGAACGAUAUUGUCACUAGUCUGUCAACAACAUUACAAGUCGUUUAAAGUCAUGAAAGCGUGUCAGCUUUAAUUGAUCUACGUGAUCUACGUGAGAUAACAUUAAUUCGUGUAUUGACAAAAUGAAGACGCAGCAGACAUAAAAGCGCCUCUUUUAAACCAUUUGUCAUGUAUUGUUUCAUUUUUGGAAGCACAUCUUGCGUGACAUUGAAACAAAAUUGACCGAAAUUCAAAAUAAAAACAAAAGAGAGAAAUAAGAAGAAACUAAAGAUUGGAAAUAGAAGUUAAAUAUCAAGUUUUUCAUGUCGCCCCUCUAAGCUUCAAUUCGAAUACAAACAGCGGUGAUAUAUUUUAACAUGAGAACGUUAGAUUUAGUUUUGUUUAAGUCUCUCACCAGUUAAGAUGUUGUUCUAACAAGGAGUUGCUUUUUUCAAGAAUCAAUAAAAAAAAAGAAUUUACAAUCAAAGAUGUCGCAUAAAUAUUCAAAUGUGAAGUUGUCAAAAGAUGAAAUGGACGAAAAAGUUAAAGAAUUUCGUGAAUGGAUUAGCACGCAACCUGACUUGCCACAGAAUAUCGAACAUUUACUGCUGUUGCGUUAUUUGAAGACUUACGCAUUUAGAUUGAAUCGAGCAGAGAAUUUAUUGAAGUUUAGCUUUGGAAUUCGGAAGAAAAAUCCUUUAAUCUUCACAAACCGUGACUUUCUAUCUCCAGAAAUCGAAAAUGCUUUAAAUAUUUGUGAAAUGGUUCCAAUGUUAAAGACAACUCCAGAAAACUACAAGUGCUGUGUUAUGCGAUUGAUUGAUUAUAGAAGCGAACUUUUUAAUUUUAAUGACCUCAUCAAACUUUUUUUUAUGGUUGCCGACGUUCGAUUGGUAUCGCUUGAUCCGAACCCAGACAAUUUAGCUGAAGGUGAAGUUCCUGUAUUUGAUAUGAAAGGUACCACGAUUUGGCAUGUACUGAAAGUGAGUCUAUCAACCCUGAGACUCUACUUUACGUACACACAAGAAGCUUUUCCCGUAAGGGUGCAACAAGUCCACGUUUACAAUUGUUCUUCACUCAUAAAUCGAAUAAUGAUUUUAAUUAAACCUUUUUUGAAACCGGAAGUAGCAGCAAAGUUCCAAUUUCAUGCACCGGGAUCGGACACUAUUUUUAAGUUCAUUCCGAGGGAAGUUUUACCUGAAGAGUACGGUGGAACUGCCGGACCGAUCUCAAAUAUCAAAAAAGUUUGGAUGAAACGAUUUCAUGAAAGAAGGGAUUACAUAAUGAAUGAUUCCAACUGGAUUGUGAAUAAUAGUGAUGACCUUAACAACAACAAGAAACAGCUAGAAGAGACCGUUAAAGUUCAUAAUGGUUUGUGCCUGCCAGAGAAGAUCGCUCCCAUCGUGCUCAGACGAUUUUUAUUCUCUUGUUAUGAUGACGUUGAGAAAACCAAGAACCUAAUCAAAUACAGUUACUCAUUGCGAUUUAAAUAUUCACAUAUCUUCUUCAACCGCGAUCCUCUUGAACCCAUUGCCAGGAAGAUUUUUCAAUUGGUUGAUGUGGGAGUUCCCAUGCCAAGUUUGUCACCUAAGAAUUACCGUGUGACCCUCAAUCGUCUUAUUGAUCAUGAUCCGGAGAAGUUUGACUUUGAUAACAUCAUAAAAUGCUUCUUCCUGGCUGCUGACAGUCGCUUUUCAAUUAUCGAUCAUGAUCUCCCAUUCAACAUUAAUGAAGGUGAUGUUGCGAUUUUUGACAUGACUGGUUUCAGUUAUCGUCACAUCACAAAACUAUCACUUGGAACCAUCAGAUGUUAUAUGAAGUUCACUCAAGAAGCAUUUCCAGUUCGGAUAAAGCAAAUUCAUUUGAUUAAUGUGUCUUCAGUUUUGAGCAAGGUUUUGAUGAUUCUUAGGCCGUUCAUGAAAGCGAGUGUCAGUGAAUUGUUAAUAUCACAUUUGCCAAACACAACAACAUUGUACGAUCACAUUCCUAAGGAGAUCCUACCUCAUGAGUAUGGUGGAAAAGCUGGAAGCAUUUAUGAUAUUAAGAGAGAUUUUGUGAAGAGAAUUGAAGAUCAAAGAGAAUAUCUAAUUAAUGAUUCUUAUUGGAAACCUCGAGAUUCAAAUAACAAUUCCUUGAAUGUUAAAACACAACAAAUGAAUUCGAAUUUAAAAUCGUUGUCUAUUGAUUAAGAAAGAGUUUAAUUAAUGAAAUAUCGAAGUGAUUG